AUGUCUUCCAAGCCUGCCAACCAGCCCUCUCCGGAGUUUACCUCCUACUAUCUUCAACGCACAACACAAGAGCUCUCAGAGGACCUUGACAAAGUUCGCAACGCAGAGGACUUCAAGGCCGAUUCCAUUCCAUUCCUUGUUCAUGCCCUGCAACAGGGUGCGGGUCUUUUCUCUGCUGAGGACCAGAAGAGAGUGGUCGCUGCACCAAAGGCCAAGGACGGGGAUGCAUGA